GAGAUCCCUCCUCGCAUGGGCAGUAGACUCGAUUACAUGUUCUUGUAUGUUUCCCUUCCUCUAGUCUCAUCGUCGCCUGUGCCCAAGGAACCAUCGAAAGCCGACGCCAAGAUCAUGAAUUGUGUUGUGGAGGUAAUAUCCGACACAUUGUCCAACCCCAGCCCUUUGCCGAUCAGCCAGGAAUGCAUGGAAGCUCUCAAGGGAGAUGAGAGAAUAAUCAGCAUGCUUCGACAUCAAAACCUCCUGCGUGAAUUUCAGGAACUUGCUGCUGAAGGGGCCAAUGAGAAGGCACUCCAGAUGAAACAGAACAACGAUUUCAAAGAGAAGCAACUUGAAGUUCUCAAGAAUAAUGCCAACAAAAAGAUAUCAUCAUUGGAUAACAUUAAAGAGAAUCCAGCAGAACAGCAUAGAUCAUCUGCUGAGAAAGCGAAAAUGGAGGAGGAGGAAAUGGGAAAGGAAAAACACCCAGCUGUAAGAAGGCACCGUUAUAUGAAGCUUGGGGACACAACUACAGACUCGAGCAGCAUUAUAACCGUCAGAGAUACAGAAACCGCAAGGAAGGUUCCAAUAGGAGAUGAGUCAUUCAAAAGUAGCUCCUCUGAAAGUGAGUCCCAAGAUCAGAGGCAAAGUGAGGAGCAUAGCACAGAAGCACAUGAAGAUGAAUACAUCGAGGAAGUGGGUGAAGAUCACAUCAAAGAGAGUAGUGAGGAGGAUGAGGAAGAAACUCACAACCCUAAUGAAGACAGUAAGGAUGAGGAGCUAACCUACAGUGAGGAACCCUCACAAGAAGACUGGGGAGACGAAGCAACCAACAGUGAUAGUUCGGAGGUGAAGGAAAAUGGUAAGGGCUCAGAUGAAGAAAUGAGGUCCAAUGAAGACAGCGAGAGGAACCAGAAUUCAGUAAAUGUAGAGGAAGAAUCUGCAAGCAAAAAUGAUGGAAAAGAUGAAGAGUUGUCUGAAGAGUGGGAGGAGGGGAAACAAAAGUUGGAAGAAUUAGUCACAGAGAAGAAGUUGAGAAAACAUGAAGCGAGCGAUGAAGACAAAUUGAUCCGAUUUGAAAACCAUAAACCACAUGGCAGGCACGAUCAUCUCCAACAUGUGCAGGGAAACAAAAGAUCUCAUCCUGAGGAAGUUAGGCAGAAGGACAAGAUGGCCAUUGCAUCACCUGCAUUGCGAAAACAGCUUGAUGUGGAAGAUAAGAAGGAAGAGGAAGGAAGUGCAAUCAGGAAGAAUGAGGAGCAAGAAGUGGAGAGCCUUGAGGAGAUUGAAAGUGAACUCGAAGCGAUGGCAAGGAGGUUGCACGAGAUGCGUGGUAGUUAAAUGUAGUGCGACAAAGCUAAGUAACGAAGCAACUACCAGCACCUUCAAAGUACACUUUGUUUGACAAUUAAUAUUUGAUCAAGUGCACCAAAAUCACCAGUGCUCGAAACACAAUCCCUUUAUUUACUCUUUGAGGUGCUGUCAUACUUAGGCUCACAAAAAUCAUUUUGCAUUUUACUUUGGGCAACACCCAUGGCGAUCUUUUCUUUCCAUCAUAGCUGAUCGAGUUUGCAAUAUUUUACUUUAUUGAUUGAAAUGCGAUGGCUUUUUAGAAUACCCUACGAAGAGAUAUGAAAUAUUGUUGUACUUGGUCACUGUGCCAAGUCAAAUUAAUUGUACUGUACAUUCUAUAUACAAUUUAUGUAAUUAAAGUAACUUUAGCCCAUGGUCUUUGCAACUUU